UCCUGUGAUCAGAGAGGAGAAAACAUUUAACUGGGGCAACAACUAGAGGCAACGGAGUGAGAUAAAUAGAAAGAAAGAGAGAAAAGUGUGUUUUAGUACAGACAAAAGGAGAGAGAGAGAGACAUGGACGGAGUGAGAACAGUUGUGUUUCUGCUUUUUUUGCUCCUGGUGCCUGUUUCCUGUAGAGAUAUGUUCACCGAACCAGUCGUCUGUUUUCUCCUUGACGGGAUCCUGAUUAUUUACUGCAUCGUGGUCACUGCUUUGUUCUUUAAAGAAAAGCUCUCACGUGGACCUGUUGAACCUGAAGAUGAAGGCAGGAUUUACCAGGAGCUGAGGAGACCAAUGGAUGCUGAUCCGUAUGAGAUGCUUGAACCAUCAAAAAGAAAAAAAAGGGUCAAAAGGAGAAAGAAACCUGAGCCUGGGCAGAGAGAUGACGAAACUUUGACCAGCACAGCUCCACCUCCAGCUCAGUCUCCCCCCUGAUGUUCUGCAUCAGCACUGCUGGGUCAACAGGCUUCACAAUUAAUUGUGUCUGAGAUUAGAUUAGUAUCUGAUUAAUCAAUCAAUUAACAGACAAGCUAAGCGUCUACUAUUUUACGAUAACAUAUAACAAAAAAUAUAUAUAUAUAUCGAGAAAAAAUGCAAAAUUCUGUGCAUCCAGCUUCUAAAAUGUGGAAAUUUUAUGCAAUUUUUGUGAUAGUUGGCAGUUUGUUCUCCUUUUCUCACAUUGAAGCCUAUACGCUAAAUAAGUAAAGAAAAUGAAUCAAUAGUGAUCAAUAGAUAAUUUCUGGUUUGAAGUUUAAAACCAUGGUAGCGCCUCAUCUGCUUUGAGCAAAACUCUUAUGCUAGCAAUUGCAUUUUUGUGGUGUAUAAACAUUUAAUCAAUGUUCAUACAGUACAUUAUAAUAUAGUUGUAAGUAAAUAUACAAGUAUAUUACGUCAUUAUUAAUAUAUUCAGUAGAAUUCGACAAUUGACACAUAUCAUGAAUUAUUACACCCAUGUUAAACUGUAUUGUAAUCAAUAUCUUUAAAUACCCCA